UGCAAAAUGCUGCGCCAACGUCUGCGCCGCCGCGUCGCGCGGCUCGUGCGGCAAGCGUCCCAUCUCUCGACGAGCCACGAAGCACUACUGGCCUCUAUGGCGCCAGGCCGCGUGACCAUCGUCCAGGGCCUUGUUGGCACGGGCAAGACCACCGCCGCGGCCGCGCUGCUGGGCCGAACAUCGACGCCGACGCUCGCGUUGGUGCCCCACGGCUUUGACUCGUCGUUGCGCCGUAGCGUCGAAGCAUGUACGCCGAUUGGGUUUCUCGAUAUGCAAGACGACGUGCGAUUGCUCUCGAUCGGCGCGUGGAGCGAGCGCUUCCGCAGCGACUAUGACCACAUGGCCACCGAGAGAGUGCUGAGCCGCACGGAGGCCAAGGUCUUUGUCCACGACCGCGUCGACCGCAUUCCGCGCAAGGUCUUUCGCACCCACAAGUCGGCGCCGAUGCUGCGCACGGCGGUGAGCGACACGCUGCGUUGCUUUGGCGAGCUCGAGCGCCACGGUGUGUCGCCAAGCGCCUACACCACGUACAUUCAAACAGCGUUGACGGACCCGGCAACCGCGCGCCUCUCUCCCAGCUCGUUUCUGGAAGUGCUUGCGAACCAGACCGAUUUGUGCGACGCCUAUUCUGCGUACCGAGAGCUGCUGCAUGCGGCUCAUUGCAACACACACGACGGCGUUGUCCUCGACGCGCUCGCGCUGACCGAGGCGCACCCGUACUACUUACUUGCGUCGCUGGCCGCGACGGCGCAGUUUCUCGUCGACGACCUCCACCACUGGAGCCCCGGGGCUAUUGUGCUGCUCGCGCGCCUGAUGCUCGCGUCAACAGAGAAACCGUGGGUCCUCUUUUCAGACCCGUCGGUGCCGGGACCCCUCGACCAGCUGCGCGCGUUGCUGCAACACGGAGGCAAGGACGUCAGCGACGUGACCGAGGUGGCCUGGUCGGCGCCAGCGGUCGAGCCGACCGGCAUGCACAGCAUGGCAUACGACAUCCUCACCAAGGCAUCCAACGUGGAUUUGCCAUCGUCGGUGCAGCUCGUCACGGUCGCCGGCGAGACCGAAGUGACGCGCAUGGCCGGUACGAUUCGCGACCACCAAGCGCGUGGCGAGCGCCUGCUUGUGGUCCUUGGCGAGGCGACGCGCGUCGACGACCUCGUGUCGGAGCUGCACGCACUGCACGUGCCGCACCUCUCGCUCGAGCCAAGAGACUUAUUUGCAACCGAUGUCGUCCGCAUAGCGUACUCACUCCUCCAGGCGCUGGCGUCGCCGUCCGACUCGAAGCACCUCUUCAACCUUCUCCACACAUCGCCCGAGAUUGACCCCCUCUUGCUCGCCCGCCUCAUGGAGUCGUCCACGUCGCGCCACAUUGACCUCUACGAGACACUACGACUGCACGCAGUGGACCACCCGCCGAUCGCUGCCUUUCUAAAGCGCUUCCAGACGUUGAGAGACGCGGCCAUGAAGCUCUCGUGCGCCGAACUGUUGCAUCUCUACUUGACCGAGUCGGGCGCGUUGGAGCCGCUCCUCCACCCGACCAACGACGACGACGUCGCACGGUCCGAAGCACUCGCGGCCUUCCUCGACAUCGUCCUUGACGUCCAGCGACUCAACGAGUCGCCGUACGUCCCAUUUGUCGUGCCGUAUUUGACGCAGCUUCGCGAGACUGGUCGCUUGCAGGCCCCAAGCAGCCUCACCAUGGUCCUGGACGAUGCCUUAAACGACCACCGAGUGCUGGUGGCCUCCCAGCGCUCCGCGUGGCGGCUCCCGCCGCACGUGCAGGUCGACACGCUUGUGCUUCUGCAGUGGCAUGACAAGGCCUUUCCUGGCCGGAAGCCCAGAGGCAUUGGCGCAGGCAUUCUGCCCGCACAGCUGCUUGAAGCGCAAGCGGGCUCCACAGUAUCAAGCCGCGAUGCGUACGUAGCUACGUGCCGGCAGCGCUUGGCGUCACUUUUGCUUCGCGCGACGUCCUCGGUGCUCAUCUCGCAUGCUGCCGAUACGUCCAUCUCGAGACUGCUUGCGCCGUGGGCAUCGUACGAGGUGGCGACGACCGAUGCUGCGCCGAGUCACGUGAGCCCGACGUCGUUGCCACCCGUCCUCGUCGACGACGCCGCGUCAUUGCCGCUGCACCACUUGUCGUUCUCGCAAAUCGACGAGUACAUGCGCUGUCCGCACCGCUAUUACCUCGCGCGCGUGCUCGGGCUCGAACCCAAAGCCAACUCGAGUAUGGUGUACGGCCGCAGCCUCCACGAGGCCAUUGCAACCUACGCGUCCAUCGCGCCGCAUGCGUCGGCUGCCGAGGACGCUCUGGCAGCGUUUACAAAGGCGUGGACACCUGGCAGCUGCCGGUCGCUGGUCGAAGAGCGCAUUCUCCAAGCCCAAGGCGCCGCCGCUCUGCGCUCGUUCAUUGCAUAUGAAGCCGACCGCACACGUCCCAUCGAGAGCAUCGAGCAAGCGUUUGAGUUUCACGUGCCGGAAGCCGACGUCCUGUUUCGGGGAGUCUGGGACCGCGUCGAGCGAGAGCCCACAGGCGAUGUGUACAUUGUCGAGUUCAAGUCCAACUUGGCCGAUACGCGCCGAGACAACCAAAAGCUGGCGAACGAGAGCCUCCAGCUUCAGCUGUAUAUGCUCGCGUACCACCGCCUGCACGGAAGACCACCGAAGGGCGCACUCCUUCGGUCGCUCGAGACCAACCACGGCCUCAACGCGCCGGGGGUUCUCGCGCAUUCGGCCGAGACUGAUGGCGCCGCGCUGCGUGCGAUCCAAGCGACCGCGCAGGCGAUUCGAGCGCGCGCGUUUGACGCGACACCGUCAUUCCUCGGUUGCGCGUUCUGCUCGUUCAGCGAUAUCUGCACGGCAAAGGGCGAAAGCGCGUAGAUCGUGAUCGCACCAACAGACACUCGUGGAGCCAUUCAGCUUAGGGUACGGUGUUAGCAGUGGAUGAGCCAAUGCUAGAGAGCAAGAAUAAGCUGCACGAAAUAGAGUCUCGCUAUGCACGAUAGUGAUAUCAUGUCGACUCGACGCCUCCUUGUAAUCCUUGUAAUGGUCGUUUGGGAUCUGGGCA